CUGCUGGGUCAUAUAAAGGCAGGUACCACACUGCAUGCAGCACAGACUUGGAAGAAUCUCCAGAGACUCCAAGAUGCUGGUUGUCCUGUUCACAGCCGCCUUGCUGGCCCUGAGCUCUCUUCAGAGCUUCAGUGAAGCAUUGCCCCACGGUCCUCCACGCCACCAAGGUUUUGGUCCUAGGCCAGGCCCACCCCAGAGAGGCCCACCCCAGCAAGGCCCACCCCAGCGUGGCCCACCCCAACAAGGUCCAGGCCCUCAAGGCCCACCCCAGCGUGGCCCACCCCAAAAAGGUCCAGGCCCUCAAGGCCCACCCCAGCGUGGCCCACCCCAACAAGGUCCAGGCCCACAAGGCCCACCCCAGCGUGGCCCACCCCAACAAGGUCCAGGCCCUCAAGGCCCACCCCAGCGUGGCCCACCCCAACAAGGUCCAGGCCCUCAAGGCCCACCCCAACGUGGCCCACCCCAGCAAGGACCAGGCCCUCAAGGCCCACCCCAGCAAGGUCCAGCCCAGCAAGGCCCACCCCAACAAGGAGGCCCUCAGCAGAACCAAGACCCUCAACCUGGUAACCAGCAAGGUCCACCCCAACAAGGAGGCCAGCAGCAGAAUCAAGGCCCUCAGCCUGGAAACCAGCAAGGCCCACCCCAACAGGGAGGCAGACCUCAGGGACCUUCCCAGGGCCAGGGUCCUCAGUAAUCAAAGAUACAUCAUCAGAUAAUGAAUAAGAAAAUACUGGCUUUGGUGAAUUGGGCAACUGGAAUAAUGUGGCCAUAAUCUAUUUUUAACAACAAUAAAAUUUUUAGCAUGCCA